AUGAAACUACAUAAACAAACAAGAGUAUCAUCAAUAAAACUAUUUUUUUUCAUUUUUGUCAUCAGAACCAUUAAUUCGUUAUCAAUUCAAACUUUUUUUCAAGCAGAUGAAUUUUACCAAUCAUUGGAACCAGCUCAUUAUUUCACAUAUGGAUAUGGAUAUUUAACAUGGGAAUGGGAAUAUAAAUUACGUUCAUCAAUACAACCAUUGAUUUAUGUUUUCGGUUAUACAUUAGCUGGUGAGAAUAAAACAUUGAUUUAUUAUAUACCAAAAUUAAUAAAUGCUUUAGUUGCUUCAUUAUUUGACUUUUCAUUAUAUGGAUUUAUUUUAAAUUAUUCUAAGAGUUAUAAUUUAGCAUGGACUGGAUUGAUUUUAUCAAUUUUCAAUGCAUUUAAUUGGUUUGUAUUAACUCGAUCAUUUUCUAAUAAUCUUGAGGCUUGUUUUACUACAUUAGCUUUGAAAUAUUGGCCAUGGAAUAAGAGAAUUGGUAAAAGUUGGUAUAUUUGUUUAAUUUUUAUUACUUUGAGUUGUAUUAUUCGUCCUACUAAUGCAAUAUUCUGGUUACCUUUUGGAUUCUGGCUUCUUUAUUUAGUUCCAAUUGGUUUCAAAUUUGUUUUAUCAUCUAUAGCUGAAGUUGUUUUAGUAUUGAUUGCCAAUUUAGGAGCAGAUUAUUAUUUUUAUAGAGAAAUCACAUUUCCAUAUUUUAAUUUUAUUGAAUUCAAUUAUAUAAAGAAUUUAGCAUCAUUUUAUGGAGUUGCACCUUGGCAUUUUUACAUACUGCAAGCAUUACCACUAAUGUUAUUAACAUAUAUACCAAUCUUUUUAUGUGGUCUUGAAAAAAGCAUUUUAUUAGUGACUUGUAUAAUUUAUAUUGUUGGAUUUUCCACUAUUAAACAUAAGGAAUUCAGGUUCUUAAUGCCCUUGAGUCCAAUAUUUUUAUACUUUGCUGCAAGAGGUUAUAAGAAAUGGAAAUGGAAAUAUUUGUCAAUUAUUGGAAUAUUUAUAAAUGUGGUUGUCGCUUUGUUUUUGAGUAAUAUCAAUGAGAGAGGAGCAAUUGAUGUUGUGAAUUACUUAGGUAACAAGAAUGCUGAUUCAGUUUUUUUCAUGACACCAUGUCAUUCAUUCCCUUGGCAAAGCUCAUUUCAUAAUAAGGAGAUUCAAAUCGAAAGCCUAACAUGUCUACCACCUCUCGACAUUAGCAAUCCUUCUAUCGAAGAGCUCAAAAAUUACAGAGAUGAAUCAGAUGUUUUUUAUGAUGACAUUGACCAGGGUAUACUUAAUAUAAUGAAUCAACAAAAUCUACCUACUUACAUUGUUAUUUUUCAAGGUCUAGAGAAUUUGAUGGAUCAGCAAGAUAAGUAUUAUCAAAAAGAGAAAAGAUUUUUCAAUAGUUACUUUCAUUGGGAUGAUAGAAGAAAAGGUGAUGUAAUACUAUAUAAAAAGAUCAAUAACAAGACCAGCAAAUAG